GUUAAAGGGAAGAAGACGAGGCGAGGAUAUGAAAAGUAGAAGGUAAUGAAAGACAGCUUCUUCAGUACAAUUUCUCCGCCACGACGUCAACGCUUAUCUCUUCUCUCUUUCUCUUUCUCUUUCUCUUUCGUAUAUUUAAUACACAAGCAAAGAGGGAGAGACUGAUAUAUAUGCAGAAGUUGUUAUUGUUCAAUGUCUGGUAUUGAUGUGGCUGCCUUCUUAAACACGAAACGAAAUAAGGACCGCCGUCUCUCAACACAACAAAUUCUCAGAAGUUUCAGCAUUUUACGAAUUUCUUAAUUUUGUCUUUUUGUAUAAAAGUAAAGGUAGCUGGAAUCUUGUAGUCUUACAAGGACUACUUGUUAGCUAGGAUUUGAUUAUUUAAUGUGUCAAAUUUGAUGACGGUCUUAGCUUGGCUACAUCAGCAAAUCUAGAGGAAUAUGGAAAGCCAAUCAGAGAUUCACAAAUUUCGAUUUGUUCGGUGUCCUAGAUGUCGGCAGCUGCUUCCAGAACCUGCAAAUGUCCUUGUAUACCAGUGUGGUGGAUGUAGCACUUUUCUACAAGUGAAACAUCGAAAUAUCGAUUCCAAAAGCGCAAGCUCUGGUUCAUGUGGAAUAGAUGCUGCUAAGAGGGAUGAGUUGCAUCAUGAUAGUUCAGAAUCUGUCAGCUCUAGUCUGAAAGAAACUCUUUUGUCCACAGGAGAAAGUUCGUUGAACCAAAACAAUGGGGAUCAAAAUAUAUCCACAGAUUGCAAUAUUGAGAAGUUUGUAGGCGUAAACUCAUCAGAUAAAGAUCGAAAUAACGAAAAUGAUCAUCUUGAAUCUCCGGAUUGUGAUAUCAAAACUGCUGAAGUAUCCAAUGAAUUUUGUUCAUCGACUGCACAUGCUUUUCAUCAGAGUGAAGAGCUACCACUAUUAACUGAACCGAAUUCAGAAGUAGAGGUACAUAAUGGGAACUCACUUUCAGAGGAGGAAAAGACAAAAUUUGACAUUGACAAUGAGAGUGGCUCAAGUUUGACAAGAUUGAAUACUGACAACACAAUGGUGAGAAUGAAUAUCAAUUCAACUGUUACUUCUUAUAGAACCGCAGGGGAAAGCAUUUCAUCGGACAUUUUUAUUUCUUCUCCUGAUGAACAUCAGGAGCAACUUCAUAUGAGUGGUAAUGACAGCUAUAGCCAUCUAAGGUCUACUGCUGCUUUUGAAACUACAAUUCUUAGUUCUGAGCUCAGUUGUAACCUUGAAUGUCUGUCGAAGUCCCCAAAAAACAGAGGCUCCCAUGCUUAUGAUGGCAGUGUCUCUUCUUAUGAUGGAAUUGAUGAUCAAGUUCCCAACCAGCAAAUGGAUCGGUACAAAAAUGCUUUCAGUGCUCCGAACUCGUGUGCCUCUGAAGAAGGGUCCAGAACAGACAAAUUCCUUACAGAUAGUAGUUCUGUACUGCAACUUCAAGGAAGGAAUUUCACACAGGACAUAUCAAAUAAGAGGCACUGCCCCUUGAAUGGCAGAAAGUGGAAUGGAGACGAGUUGCUAGAAUCCACAACACAUGGCUAUACUGUUGGAAACAGGAUCAGAAGAGAGAGAGAUGAGUUAUUGUCUUCAAUGCCUUACUAUCAGAGGGAUUAUCCAGCUGGCUAUGAAAGUGGUAGCUCUUCCAGUCAAUUGCCUGAUGAGAUGCUUCUCCGUUCAAGUGAACACGACGAGAUCAAACUUCUGAAAAUGGUUUAUGAACUGCAGGAUCAACUUAACAAAAGAUGCUAUGUGAAUGAAAAGCCAAAUCAAAGGGAUUCCUCCGGAGUUCCUACGAAAGAGAAGUAUAUUCCUACCGAUUAUAGUAGCGAGUUAACCGAGGAAGAAAUCUCUCAGGACUUAAACUAUCAUAGUUAUCCUGAAAGACGCAGGCAGGUAAGCAACUGUUCUAAUCCGUAUAAAGUCUCGCGGCUACCUUUCUCAGAGGAGGCUUCAAUAAAUAGACACCAUAUUGACAGGUGCUCAUGUAUUCAUUGCUGUCCCCAGGACUGGCAGCGCUCAGCACCACUACCCCCAUCAAUCCAUUCUCACAACAAACGAUUUCAUUGGUUCCACCCGGGCCACAGUUAUUAUAGUUCCUACAGGUCGUGUCCCUCCAGCCCCCAACAAUUUACAGACUCUAAGUUCUCCAAAUGGGGCCGUGAAACAAAGUCUGAUGACCAGAGGCAUGAAGAUCUUCGUAUGAAGAAAUCAAUGAGAGAGAAACAUCACCCUGUUAGGCGACAUCUCCGGCCCACUGUUGGUGGUGCUCCUUUCUUAAUUUGUUAUGCUUGCUCAAAACCGCUCCAGCUACCUGCAGAUUUUCUCAUGUUCAAGAGGAGGUUCCAUCUGCUGAGGUGCGGCGCUUGUUCUGAGGUACUAAAGUUUUCCCUUGAAAAUAGAACUCACAUAGCUUGCUAUACACCAAAUGCUGAAGCUCCCCCACCAAGGGAGAUUGAUGGUUAUUGUGAAGCUAUAAAUAGAAGAAAUUCGGCUGCAUCUUUUUACUCCACAUAUAGAGAUCCUGUAAUCCCCACACCAUCUUACAGCCUCCAGGGCAGUACAGAUGCCAGAGAUAUAACAGCUGGUUCUUCUGAGUCAAUGGAGGAGAGAAAGAACCUUGUUCUGAAACAGUCCCGAAACAAAUAUAAGAAUCCUGUGGAAACAUACAAGCCAGCUGGUCCUUCCUCCAGUAAGUCCGCAUCAGGGAAAAAAUCCUCAGAAAUUGAGGAGCUGCCAACAAGAACAGGUUCUCCUCUUCAUCGGCUCAUGGGUUAUUCUUCAGCAAGCCGGGUGAUUAGAGGUUCUGUCCUAUCUAGCUCGGGCACAAGCUCAUUCUAUAUGCAAACCGUAGUAGGGGAAUAGACACAAGCUUCUCAGAAAAAUAUGCGCAUAUAAAUUUUACAACCAUAUGAGUGAUGAACCUGAUUCCCUUCACUACCUGGAGGGGAAUAGAAGAAGCAAGUGGAGCUGAUGGAAGUUUCGGCUUUGAGAACCUGAGAUCCAGAGAUUGAGCAAUGGUCACAAAAUUGUCGAUUUUCUUUAAUCCAAAUGGAUUUUUUUUAUAUUUAUUCGAUAUAGUUACAGUUUGCAAUUUCAUAUGAUAGAAUGUCGAUGUUCCAGAAUGUAUAUUACAUGAUUCCUAUUUGAGUUG